AUGUCUACGUUGGUUCCAGCAGCAAGUACAUGUUUCCCAUUGACAUUGCCUCGAGCAGAAAAGGAUGAUCGAUUCAAUUUAAACGUUCGGACAGGUUCAGCAUCAACGCUUUACAAUUCGUUUGUGUUUACAUUUGGUGGGUUAACCAUUGGAUUGGAAUUACCAGAACUCACAAUCAACGAGAUCUUUCUGACUUUCGAAUCCAAAGUAGGUAAUGCCAAAUCUCGGUCAUUGGCCACGUAUUUAUCUGGAGAGUUCUUUUAUCUCAGCAUUCUAGAACGUUCUUGGACAAGACUAGAAUUUGAUCAUUCCAAGGGGUUCCUCCCCAGGCCUGUACCACGGGCAUUCCAUGAGAUAUGUGCUGUAAACAAUUAUGUCUAUGUGUUUGGGGGGUUACGUAUCAAAGAGGCUCAUAAAGAUCGGAAACUAGUUGAAAAUUUGGUACCUUCAAAUGACUUGUGGGAGUUCAAUUUGGCAACAACCAAAUGGACAUGUUUGCAUGAUGGUUCUGGCUGGGAUACAGAUGCUUCUAUUCCUAAACCAAGAUUCUGUCCCAAAAUGACCAUAGUAAACAACUUAUCCUUUGUCAACAAGAAGGGCCACAUGGGGAUCUUCAUUGCUGGUGGUAAAGAUACCAAUUCGGAGUACAUUUAUGAUAAUGCUAUUUUUGAUUUGGUGGAGAAGAAAUAUGUUGUGAGUAACUCUGGUGGAUCGUUCUAUUUGAAGGCCACUUCCGGUAAUGAAGAAAAGGAUGAACGGGUCGGGUUAAACCAAGUGGUAUCAACUAAUGGUCAAAAGUAUAUUAGUGUGGAUUAUACAGAUUCGGUUAUCGUGAGUUAUGACCAUACUGUUGAUCCUAACGUAUUCCGUUCUUCCCUAAAUCAUGCGGCUGGUAAUAUUCGUGGUGGCCGUGAUCCAAGAGCUGGCUCUCAGGAUGCAGCCUCUUCCCUUCAUGAAGAAUCUAUUAUUAUCUAUACCCCCACAAAGAAUUCUAAUCCUCGACUUGAGAAAGGUGGUGGUGAUGACAAUAUGUCAUAUCAAUCCAGUUUUAAGGAACCCAAAAACUAUAAAAGUGCUCCGGUGAACCCUUUGGUCUCGUUCAAAUUGGGUAAGACCAUGAAGAAUGGGAAACCUCUACCAUUACACAUGAAGCGCAGUAAUUUCAAUAGAAUAGGAAUGGUGGUUCCCUUCAACUUACGAUACCCAACCGGUGGGCUAUUUGGUCAAAAUCUUGUAAUUGUGGGGUUCCUCCCCAAUGACUUAGACAUCUCGGUGUUUGUCUAUAACAUUCCUACUGGGAAAUGGUCAAGAUUAAAUGUCUUUUGUAAUCAUGAUUAUGGAUCUCAUAGAUUCUGGGGGGGGUUCGUUUGGGAAUCUCACCAUAAAGUGGUUCUUAUAGGGAAUCAACAUACCUCAAGAACAACAUCAUCAAUAAGGUAUUUCACUACGAUGAUCACCAUUAGUUUACCGAUUACUAACCUUUUGGCAAGUUGGGAAUUGGCCAAUGACUACUUUACAAGCUCAUCUGUCGAAGCUGUGGCUAUUUCAAAUGGGUUACAGAUCCCAACUUCCUCCAUCUCUACAAGCUCCACAACUUCAACAUCAUCUUCAGAUGAUGAUGGUGAUUAUAGUAAUGAGUUGUUGAGCGAUACUGAGGACUCUGAUGAUGAUGCCAAUAUUAUUCAUGAACCUUCAACAUCACAAAUUAGGCCUUCAAGAAGACUCUCCACUCAAAUCGAUAACGCUAAUAAAGGUGCUAAGAAUGCCAUUAGUUUUGCUGAUUAUAUUUAUUAUGCUGCACCCAAGGCAAAGUUCUCAACGAUUAGUUCUGUCUUCCCCCCGGCAGCUGUAACCUUAGGAAGAAAUGCCUUUGACAGGUACGGUGAUUUAAUAUCUGAUUUUGAGUUUGUUUCGGCAAAUGGUGAUAGAAUCCCGGUUUCUACUCAUGUUUUAAUCGAACGGUGGGGUUCAUACUUUGUUAAUUUGUUGGCUCGUGGGUACAUUAAAGCUGUUUGUAAAUUCCAGCAGGAUUCGCUCAACUCCUCACCAGCAGGCAAUAACAAUAAUAUAAGAACUUCCAAUGCAUCAUCAUUAUCAUUGUCCCAACUUGCACCUGGACAGAAAAGUGGUAAGCAGCUGUUGUCGGCUUCACUGUCUUUAAGUCAAUCAUCUCAAUCUGAUUCUCACCAAUCACGGCAUUUGAGUCCUGAACCAUUCAAUGUUGCACCUCCGGGUCCACAAGGUUCACCGGCGAAGGAAAUUCCUCAAUUUAGAUUACCGUUCCAAGACUCGGAUCUGAGGAAGCUGGAAGAAUCUUCAGCUCCAUCUUCAAGAUCACUGUUCCCCGGCGAAGCAUCAUCAACAAUAUCGAGCUCCAGGCUCCAUACUUUGUCUCAGUCUUCAGCCGUCGACCCACAUACAGUGGCGGCCAUAAGUCAUUCAGUAGAUCCAGGUCCAUUGGGUGGUACAUCAGGGUCUUCAAUGUUUAUGCCUGAAUUGAGUGACAUUCCUGCUCAGCUCCCAUUACCUAUGGAACCAAUUCCAAUGAUUCCAACUACUACAAGCUUCAAGAGUGCUUCCAGAAAGAACUCGUCAAGUGAUGUUGCUUCUCCAAGAAACUCGAUAAUUCAUACCCUAACAAGUUUGAGAAAUAUCCCUAUGCCGAAGUCCCCCAGGGAUUCACCGUUUAAUUCUCCUAGAGUGUCUAUUUCUGUCGACCCAGGUGAAAAUUUGGACCACCACACCACCACCGUACCACAAGCGACACCGCUUUCAGUCUUGUCGUCGACAUCCACGACGAAUACCGUCGACAGUGAUCUCUUAUUGGGAAGUGCACUGGGAAUCAGUGACGAAUCCCACGAUUCUCCCGGGAGCUUUCCUAGUAGUGGCCACCCGCCGCACACUGCAGACACUUUUACUUCUAAGCAAGAAAUGGAUCCAAGUUCUAUUUUGGACGCUAGUGCGAUGAUGGAUGAAAAUGGUUUGCUUAACUUUGAUAACUUGGAUCCACUUAGUUACAAAAUGGAAGCUUCAUUAAUCCCACGGAAGUUGUAUGUUCCCUUUUCCACCAAUACCAUUAAGGCAUUUUGUGAGUACCUAUACACGGGGCAAAUCGGAGAUAAGUGGCUUCUUAGUCCGACAUCAUUAGAUUGUUUAGCGCUCUCCAAGUUCUUCAAUGUUCCCUUGUUGUACAAUUUAAUCACCGAAACCUUAUUCGGUAUAAUUGGAAGAAAGGAAGGAGCAAAUCUAAGAAAAUGGAAGAAGUUCAAGAAGAAGUAUAUCAACUUUAUAAGCAAACAGGGGAUCCAACUUGACCCAGAAUAUACUUUUCCAUUUGAUGAAUUUGAAGGAUUUGUCGACACUGUUGAUGAUGGUUAUUUGGAUAUUGUUUUACUUAAGAAGUCUUCUAACUAUCAUAAAACCAGUCAUUCCAAAUGUCUGUUAUCAAGCGAGGCGUUGCUGCCUGGAAAGCUGCAGUCUAAUGUUGCAGCAGCUAAUGAAGGUGGAUCACUUGCUUUACCUGAUGGUAACACUGACUCUCCCUUGGACUCUACUGAAGCUGUACCUGAUCUUCAAGAAAAGGAGGAUGAUGACGAAGAGCUUGACGAGGAAUACAUUGAUGGAACAGAAAUGGAUCUCAUAGAGUCUGGUCUUGGGUACCUCGAUAACCAUGAUACAUCGUUUGUUAACCCCAAAUCAAGACCAACUCUGAGAAAGACUUCUCAUCAACAAGCUACCACAAUGUAUAAUGAAGAUGAAGAAGCAGAUUUCAAUUCUGACGAAAUGAAAAAACAAGAAGAUGAAUUGGAAUAUGCCAGGAAACAACUUUUGAACGUAACUUUGGCAGAACUAGUCUCGCCAAAGGCACCAAUUCCAAGUGAUUAUGCCAUUGGUUUGAUCUACGAAUCCGCAGCAUUGGUAACGGAUGUUAAACUCAUGCUAAGGGCUAUGAAUGCCAGACAAAUGAGUAAAAUGCUUCUUGAAGAAGAGACCAGGUUGAUGAAAGAAAUGGAGAGCAUACUUCGUAAGAAAGACCCUUCGUUAAAUGAUGAAGAAAUUUCAAAGACCAUUGCGGACGCCCUUUCAAAAGAUCGUAAGGGACAUAAGCAUGAAUCGGAUCAGAAAAAUGAAAUGCCAACUCAACCAUCACAGCCACAGCCACAGCCACAGCCCCAAUUGAAGCCGGUUCAUUCUCUGACAACUCUUAGCUCCAAAACAUCAUAUACGGGGAUAUUAGAACGUACUAAAUCGAAUCUUGAAGGACUGAAGUUGGAAAGAACAAAAUCAAAUAACAGUCUUAAGAGUAUUUUCUCUAUGACCCCCGUCAAGAAGACGAUUUUGGGUGAAGGGCUGAAUAUACUGAACUUGGGUAAUUCUCUUGCUAGCGGAUAUGGGUCGGCUAUAUAUUCACCCACGGGUAUUCCUGCUCAUUAUGCUUCUAGAGUUUCUAAUAAGAGUUCAGUUUCCUCUGCUUCAUCUGCUGGUAGCAAGGCAUCAAAACUGAAUGCUUCAGUCCACUCAUCAUCGAACACAACCACAUUGAACCCCAUCAAAUCGGCAUCUAAAUCUACGCUUACAACCUCGAAUCUGUCGUUGACGAUUAAUGUUAUCAACACAUCUCUGGUAUCGUCGCCUACAGUGUUGAAGUCAUCCUCUACCGUUGAAGGCUCGCCAGUGAACUCCAUCGAUACCUCCCGUGCACCACCACCUCCGACAAGAGAAAUCUCCAGGUCGAAAACGGAACCAUUUCCUUCCUCCCCAGCUACGGACAAUAAUGAUGAUAACCACAGUAUAGGCGGAGCUUCCACGAUUUCCAAUGCUACGUCUUCCACUGGAAUUCAUCUGCGGUUCUUCCACUUGCACAGGAAGGACAGUAAUAACAGUUUGGAAGCUACAAAGAAAGAUGACAAUGAUAGUGACGCCGAGAAGCACAGCUCUCGUAAGAAGUUUGGAAUCUUUGGUAGAAAGAAGUGA